AUGCAAUCUAUGUUCCGUCUCUCAUGGAGUACGGAGUCGCCUGGCGACAAGAUCAUGGAAAAAGCUGCGCUGCACAAGCCAAAACCGAUGCCCAUCUGCGAAAUGCCAAACUAUUUGAGCAAAAUAAAGCGGAAGCGGGUCGACAGUCCCGAACCAGCAGUGUCGCAGCAUGCGCAGGUUGUGAAGAAGUGGAAGAGUGCGCAAGGAGAGAUGAGGCCAGUAGUGGCUGCGAACGGAGCCGCGAACUCUGUGAAUGGAGUGGUUUCUGAGUCUGCGAACUCUGUUGAGCCGCAAGACGUUGCCAAGGUUGCCUCUGCAGAAGUAUUGGAGUCGCGCGCAAAGGCGCAACCUACCAAGAAAGAAGGUGUAUGCAAGAGCAGAGUACCAAAGUCUCAGAGACCAGUUAUCAAAAUCGAGUCUGUCAACACACCAACCGCAUCUGUGGAAUCAAACUUGACCAGCGUGCAACAAGCGAUCGAGGCGCAAAUCAACUACGAGGUUUUACUAAAGCACAACGAACUCCGUCUUAUCGAGCAAGAACUGGCGAAAUGUCAAAUUUCGCUGGAACAGCUGAGACGUUGUUCGAUUAUUCCAUUUCCCGGUACCGAGGGGCUAUCUCAGGAUCUUAGCCUCGGUGUUGGAUCGUCUCUGCAAACACCUUCUGGCUACACUGAACCUCAAUACGCAGCACCUUGGGGUGUCGCAGAUGGUCCUUACACUCGCCAUUACGCCAAAUGGCUGAUCUCAGAUAUCAAGUUCGACCCCAUGUCCGAACGUGCACUCACUCAGCAAGCCCAGGGUUACUUUGGAACUGGUGAAGGCCGGACGACACGCGGCAGCUUUGCAGACUACGGUUCAGCGAGUAAAGGCCGCAUGUCACGAACUUCGACUGGAAUGUUGAAGAUCCCGCCGCUCGGUGAAACUCCAGCACCAGCACCAAAGGUUGACCCUCUGCUGCACAAGCGAUCCACGGACGGCCAAUGGGUGCGACUUUACUGCGCUCAGUGCGGUCACAGCAACUUCUCGAACACGCAAGGAUUCCUAAACCACUGUCGAAUCAAGCACAGUCAAGUUUUCAAGAGUCACGACCAGGCAGCCAUUGCUUGUGGUAUUCCUGUUGACAUCAAUGAAGCUGGUAAUCCGGUCACGGCAACUGAACCGACAGGCUCCCCGGUUGCCACACCGACAGUGGUUUUCCCUGUCCCUACGGCCCCCGGCAUUGUCCAUCCACUGGCAUCGCAGCCUGCCCCUCCACCGCAAGCCAAGGAUGUACAUCGUGAUUUUAACAAGUCGCCAUGUGAUGAACCAACACCCGCCACACCCGCUAGCUUCACCAAAUCAUCCUCGACGCCUUACAUGAGCGCCCUGCUCGAAAAACGCGGCUUCACAGGUGACUUGAAAGCACUUGUUGAGUCGGCACGCUCAAAGGUUGACCUUGACGCCAUAGAGCCGUCGGAUGACGAACACGCGGAAAACACUGCAGCUUCAACGCCAAUAGUAAGCGGGCCAACCCAGCUGGCGCGUCUCCCGGCUAGCACGCCCAACGCGGCACCUGCAAGCAAAGCACCGUUAUCACGACUAGGCAGCAAGAAGGGCAACGCUCAUAUGCAAGCUCGUCUUCCGCUUUCGUUCCCGUCAUCUGUUAGUUUUGAGGAUAGUCACGACAUGCCGGACUCGCCGGUAGACCUUAGCCCUAAUACGGUUGACUCUAAUCCCGGCCUGGUUAGUGACCACGACGAUGAUGACGACGAGGAUGGAGACGACACGCACAGCCAGCCCGACUUGAUCAUGAACGACGACGUAGUUGUUGAGGAUGCGAGUGACGUGGAGGGUGUGCAGGAGCGCACUGGAUCCCGACAAAGAUUGGAUGGAUGUUUCGAGAAGGGCGAAGGGAGUCGCAAACACUAG